GUCGGUGUGGCACGAGCACAGACGCUUCUGAGAGAAAAACAGCAUUCACCUGCCGUUGGAGACUGGAUAGCUCACACUCCAUUUCAUGGAUUAAUCACCAGCUUCAUCAUGAAUUACCUGCGCAGGCGUCUGUCAGACAGCAGUUUUGUAGCUAAUCUGCCCAACGGCUACAUGAUGGACCUGCAGAGAUCGUCCAGUUCCACCAGCUCGCCGGCCUCACCAGCUACAGAGCGCCGGCAGCUGCCCGCCCAACAGAACCAACCAGCUCAACUGCCCCAGCAGAACCAGCAGGCCCCGCCCCGGACCGCAACGUCUGGAGGAGGGUUCCUCAGCUCGUUCUCCAGCGUGGUGAAAACGGCUCAGAUCGCCAGCGCAGUUCAAGCUAAAGCAUCUGCACACGCUGAGGCUGCGGCGGCCGCUGCAUCAGCCGCUCCGGCUAAACCCGCCGUACACAAACCCAAAGUCCUGCUGGUCAUCGACGAUCCUCAUACAGACUGGUCAAAGUACUUCAGAGGAAGGAAGCUGAAUGGAGAAUAUGAGAUCCGUGUGGAGCAGGCAGAGUUUUCCGAGAUCAAUCUGGCGUCAUAUGUGAAUUCUGGCUGUACGGUGGACAUGCUGGUGAAUAGAGGAGGAACUAAAGUCAUCAGAUCAUUCAAGCCAGAUUUUGUACUGAUUCGGCAGCACGCCUACAGCAUGACCCCGGGAGAAGAUUUCAGGAAUCUGGUGAUCGGUCUGCAUUAUGGCGCCGUUCCCAGUGUUAACUCGCUCUUCUCCAUUUACAACUUCUGCAGCAAACCCUGGGUGUUCUCUCACAUGAUCAAACUCUACGAGACGCUCGGUCCUGAGAAUUUCCCUCUCAACGAGCAAACGUUCUUCCCAAACCACACACAGAUGCUGCCCACGGCAACAUUCCCAGUGGUGGUGAAGAUGGGACACGCCCAUGCCGGCAUGGGAAAGAUAAAGGUGGAGAGCGCUAAUGAUUUUCAGGACAUCACCAGUGUGGUCGCAAUAGCUAAAACAUACGCAACCGCCGAACCCUUCGUGGACUCCAAGUACGACAUCCGGAUCCAGAAAAUUGGCAAUAACUACAAAGCAUACAUGAGAACAUCUAUCUCAGGAAACUGGAAGGCAAAUACAGGUUCUGCAAUGCUGGAACAGAUUGCUAUGACAGACAGGUAUCGUGUGUGGGUCGACUCGUGCUCGGAGAUGUUUGGAGGUCUGGAAAUUUGUGCUGUUAAAGCGGUCCACGGCAAAGAUGGCAAAGACUACAUUAUAGAGGUGAUGGACAGCUCGAUGCCUCUGAUUGGUGAACAUGUGGAGGAGGACCGACAGCUCAUCUGUGAUCUGGUCAUCAGUAAAAUGGCGUUUGCUCUGCUGGGGGUCACGAUACCACAGACGUCAACCAGCAAGACUCAGUCUGGACCGCAGACGACACAACCCAGACGAGCAGCAGGUGGUCCUCGUUCUGCUUCUGGUUCUCCAUCUCAGUCGGGUCAGGCGUCACCACAGCGGGCUCGAUCUGCCACUACCUCACCCAGUCAGGCCUUCCAGCCCGGUCCAAUCCCGUCAUCCGGAUCCGCCUCACAGAAACAAGCCCCACAGCUCAAUAAGUCGCAGUCACUGACGAACACAUUCAGCGAGACGCUGCGCGGCAACAUCACAGACGACGAGGCCAAAGCUGAAACCAUCCGCAGUCUGCGCCAGUCUUUCGCCAGCCUCUUCUCUGACUAACACACACACUUAGAAACAUAUACACAAUCACACACACUCAUAAUACACACACAGGUGUUGGUGUGACGGUCACACACAUUCAGACAGCAGCAGAAUACGGUUGUCAGUCCUGUUUUUUAGUGAUAAAUAAGGUUGUGUUCACACACAGUUCAGUUAUAAACAAUAACGACAAACUGAUAUUUUCAGGACUCAUAAUCGUAUUUGCGGUAAACUCGUUCUGUGUGAACUAGGGGUUGUAUAGACUACUCAACUAGAACUAAUGUAGUACUGUAUAACAUAUUAAUUAUGUCUAUUUCUUUCGAUCCAUUCACAUACAAUACAAUGUCGGGAUGACGUCACGACUAGUUGAAUUCUGACUGUUAAAAAUCAGUAGUCGUGCAACCCCUUGUGUGAACAGAACCAGACUGGACAACUAGUUACCUGUCACGUCAAACAGUGCAAGAGCCACUCUCCCUGAACACACACACUUAUCUCACUUAUCUCUGUGUGUGUUGUGUUUUUUCAUGUGGUGUUCUAGUAAUUGUGAGAAAUGAGUUGUGUGUAGGGUUGCCACCCAUCCAGGAUUUUCCAGGAUCAUCCUGGUUUUUGGCCAUGUGUCCUGUAAAAAUGUAAUUCCAUUCCGUGAUGCAAAAGGUCCCAGAAUUUCAGCAUUUUCCCGACACGUUCACACAUAUGAAUCCUUGUUUAUAAGCACACUAUGCAAGGAGGAGAAUCAAACACAUUCUCAUAUGAAUCAUAAGAAAGUCUGACCCUUGGUAAAUAUGAGAAAAGAAGGCUGUGAAAAAUAUAUCCUUAUUGUUUAUCCUUUUAAUCUUUCAUUCAAAAUAUUCACAAAAAUAUUCACAGAGGUGCACGCUGGUGGACUCUCCUCUUCAGUUCACCCAACAGGUGUUCUAUGGGGUUCAGGUCAGGGGACUGGGUUGGCCAUGGCAGAACCUUGAUUUUGUGGUCAGUGAACCAUUUUUGUGUUGAUUUUGAUGUUUGUUUUGGAUCAUUGUCCUGUUGGAAGAUCCAACCAGGGCCCAUUGUAUGCUUCAUUGAGGCAGUCAGGUUUUGAUUUUUUAUCUGUUGGUAUAUGAUAGAGUCCAUGAUGCCAUGUAUCCGAACAAGAUGUCCAGGACCUCUGGCAGAAAAACAGCCCCACAACAUUAAAGACCGUGGGCAUUGGGUGGUACUUCAUAUUUCUGUGCACCAUACCCAUCUCUGGUGUUUGCUGUUUCAUCUGACCAUAGAACCCGGUCGCAUUUGAAGUUCCAGUAGUGUCUGUCAAACUGAAGAUGCUUGAGUUUGUUGUUGGAUGAGAGCAGAGGCUUUUUUUCUUGAAACCCUCCCAAACAGCUUGUGGUGAUGUAGGUGACGUCUGAUUGUAGUUUUGGAGACAUUCUGACCCCAAGACCCAACUAAUUUCUGCAAUUCUCCAGCUGUGAUCCUUGGAGAUUCUUUGGCCACUUGAACUAUCCUCCUUACCGUAUGUGGAGACAAUAUAGACACACGUCCUCUUCCAGGCCGAUUCUUAAGAUCUCCAGUUGAUUGGCACUUCUUAAUUAUUGCCCUGAUGGUGGAAAUGGGCAUUUUCAAUGCUUUGGUUAUUUUCUUAUAGCCACUUCCCAUUUUUUGAAGCUCAACAACCUUUUGCCGCACAUCAGAACUAUAUUCUUUAGUCUAACCCACUGUGAUUGAUUAAGGGAAUUUGGCGUGUUUGUUCCUCAUAUUUAUACCCCUGUGAAACAGGAAGUCAUGGAUGAACAAUUUCAUGUUCCUAGUCACCCAGGUGCACUAAAACAUUUAAAAUAUUAAUGGGAAUAUACUUCAGAUAUAUUUUACUCAUUAGAAUUUCUAGGGGUGCCAAUAAUUGUGGCCAACGUGUUUUGGAGAAAAAUAUUUAUUUAAUAAUGAGAGAUUUCCUCUCUUUCAGUUGUUUUAUUCAGUUAAAGGUUAGAUUUCUGUGAAUAUUUUGAAUGAAAGACCAAAAGGAUAAACAAUAAAGACAUAUAUUUUUCACAGCCGCCUUUGCUCAUAUUUAUUAAGGGUGCCAAUAUUUUUGGCCACCAGUGUAAUGCUUUAAUGUUCAGUAAAACAUGUACAAAAAAGGAUCAUCUUUCCUUUUACUGUAAGAUCUCUUAUAGGUUCAUAAUGCCCAACAUUUCUAAAAUUUAAAAAAGGGAGAAAAAAGGCUAUUUUUAAGAUUUACACAUUUCAAUUUCAUAACAAAAAUUCCAUCAAACUGAAUUGUGUGAUCUGUAACCAAAUUAAAUGACAUUUUACUUCAUUUUGUUAAAGAUUACUCAUUUCAAUUUGAUGGAAAAUCUUGAAAAUAUUUUUCUGAGGGAAUGUUUAUGUGCAUUUAUUUGAUUUCCUUUGGUGUAAGUGUAUGAAUGUUUUUUAUACUUUAUAUAUUAUUUUAUACUUACUACGUAUAUAUUUAUACAUUUUAAAACAUUUUAAUUGUUCGGUGUGAACCAGAAAACUGCUUUGGGCCAGAAUAAGUAAAUAAUAUGUUAAACUUACAUUACACAAUACAUAAAAUUAUUAUUAUUUUAUUUUAUGUUUUUACACAUUUCUAUUUCAUAACAAAAUUCCAUCAAAUUGAAUUGAGUAAUCUUAAAAGUCAAAAUAAAAUAAAAUAAAUAAAUAUUUAAAAUUGUAUUUAAUUUAGUUAAAUUGCACAAUUAUUUUGUGUAUUUUGUUAUGAAAGUGAAAUGCUUAUCUUAAAAGUAGGCUAAAAUAUUUUGCAUUAAUGAGUGCAUUGAUGUUAAGGUUUGAGUGCAGUAAUUUCCAUAUCAAACAAGGAAUAAACAAUCAUAAAUAAUGUUUUAUUUCUUGCAUGACGUUUUUCAGUCAUUGAUCAGGUGUACAGGUGUACAGGGCCAAGUUGGCAACCCUACCUGUGUGUCAUCCACUGUUUGUGGUCGGAGUGUGACUCAAUGCUGCGCUUUACACUUGGUUCAAAAUAAAAAAAAGCAUUUGAAGCUGCUGUUGCCUAAAUAAGAUUUAACAACUUGUGUGAAUAAAAAAGGGGUUUUGACUUCAGUUAUUGCUUCACACAGACAGCAUGUAAACACAACAGUUCAAGAGUCACACCUGUUAGUGAGCACACAAACACAACCUCGGUUUAGUUUCCGGACGUCAUCAUUUUCCAAAGUAUGUGGUAAUGGAGAAGGAUUUUGAAGCCCUCUGUUUUUGGUGGAGGAAAAACAUCAUUCCAGUGUGGAUGAGAGGUGUAAACGUAGCGAUUAAUGUGUUUUCAAACAAAAACAAGUACACAUUUUAACCAGUUUAUUAGAAGAUUAUAAACACUGAUCUUGUUUGGCUUCGAGAAGUGUGAUGCAUCAAUAUCCGAGUUUGUUUAGCUGAUCAUAUCUGAUUUACUCUAAUGCAAACGUGUAUCGACCAGCAAUAUUCCCCUGUAGGAAUAUAAACUCUGCUGUUCUGAUGAAAGAGUCUCGUCUUCCAUCAUAAAUGGAUAAAUGGAAAUCUUCCCUUUAUUAACAGUAAUGAUGAUGUGCUUGAGUUCUGUCUGUUCUUCUACAAUCGUCUUUUGGCUGAUUUACACCUUACGCUAAAAGAGACCUUACAUCUUCGUAAAGAAUAAAAAGUGCAUUUGCAUUUAUGAUUAAGCAAUGUGGGUCAUUAGAGAAAAACAUCCUGUUUGUCUUGAUGUACUGGAAUGAAAAACAACAUUUAAAUGAGCUUAACACUUUAUAAAAAAUACUAAUAGAUGGACUCUUACAUAAAGUAAGAUUAUGUUCAUGAUUAAUAUUCUAAACUCAGUAUUUCAUGUUGGUCUGUUUGGUUUGAUUAAUAUUGUACAGUAUCGGAGAGUUGAUCGUGUUGAAUCUUUCGUUCACGUUCGGAUUGUUGAAAUGGACCAAAUUCUGGACGUGUUCUGUGCCGUUUUAUUGACUUGCUGUUUGAUUUGUGAAAUGCACAGAAUGAUGUGCAAUGAAGCCAUACAAAAAAUGUGUUUAAAAUCAAAUGAAUCCUGUACAGCUUUAUGUGUACUGUUUUCUUUCCAAUGCCAUUGUUCGCGUGUGUAAGGUGAUGUUUUAGUUGUGAUGAUGUAAAUAAUGUGGCUGAAUUCUGUGGACUGUCGUGCCUCCUAAAAAUUAUUUAUCAAACAUAUACAAGUCAUUGUGAUGCUUAAACUUCAAUUAUUUAUUUAUGGAAUUAUUUACAGUAAUGCCAACAAAUAAUAAUAAAAAAAGCAUAUAUGUACUGUUGACGUAAUCAAGAGCAUUUGCAUGAAUUUUGAAAGAUAUUUCCAUUCGAGGGACUGCUAAGAAUCAUCCAAAUUAAAGUGUCUACCUCACACCUGGAAAUAAAUAUGCAUAAACAUGCAAACUUACUGUAUUUAUGAGAGCGGAUGAACACAUUAUAAAAACCUGCACCAUCUCUGUGCACACAUAGAAAAAAAAAGCAUUCAAAUUGAAAUAUGGAAACAAGUCAAUUAGUUUAAAGGUGCUGAAAGUGAUUUUUUUUUCAUGGAAAAGUAUGUAAAAAAACGUCCUUCUCCCUGAAUGAUAUUAAUGUAAUAAGUGUCGUGAGAUAUCUCACCGGUCUCUGUGACAGUUCUACAUUCUGUAAACAUCAAACAAAAAUGUGUCCGCGGUCUGUGACGCUUUCUGCCUGUCAAUCAUUUUGCACGUUCUCAUUGUAUUGUAGCUGCAGCAAAUUAUUGAGGCUUAAUGCCAUUUUUAUGCCAUGUUGCUCAUAACAGUUGUCAGUAGAGGGCGCUAUUUUGCUGCUGUUGUUCUUGUCAAAUGUUUCUGCACGAUCUCGGUCUCAAUAAAGCUCAUUUGUUAUAUUUGGAGGGCGGGGUUUUGGAAAGAGGAGGCGUGGCUAAUUCAACAGCUCAGUUUCGUCGAAGUAGAACGGCUGAAAUCACUUACACCAACUUUAAGUGAAUCAAAGCCAGCUAAUAUUGAUAAUAAAGCAAUGUCAUAUCCUGAAUGAUGAUAUAUAUAUAUAUAACACACACACACACACACACACACACAGAUGUUCUCUGAAAUAAUGCAGUGAGGGGUUUUACUGCAGUAAAUGUGGCAUGUCUCUUCUGUAGUGUUUGUGUUUGUCUAAAAACAGAUCAUGUGUAUCUCACGGCUUCAUCAAAGAUGUGUGUCUAAAUGUACACAAGCUCUUUAUUUUCACUUUCUAUUGACUUUUUGUUUAUAUUUUUGUUCUCUGAUUAUUGGAAAUGUGAUUAAAACUGAACGUGUUUAAUAUAAA